AUGAUAGAGUAGUAUCUAUAGAGUAUACAAGGAAUGCUUUUCUUGAGAAAAUUUGAUAUGUUUAGUUAACCAUAUUAUCAUAGAGUAGAUUAUAAUUAAAAAACUAAAAAGACAUCAAUAGGAGGUUUACUCAGCAUUUGUAUCGUAGGUCUUUCCUUAGCUUAUUUAAUUUAUAUCUUAUACUUGUUUUUCAGUGGCUCUUAUACUCCCUCAAUUACAACUUUAUAAGAAAACCAAUCUGGUUUAACAACAUAGACAUUAAAUUAUUCUCCUUUUGCAUUUUGCUUUAGAUCUGGUGGAACAAUUAUCACGACUUGGAAAGAGUAUUUCGAAGUUUAUAUGUAUUUAGACAAUAAUGGUGAUACUUUUAACACCGCUAGCUACUUUUCUAUUAAAAAAUGUGAAGAUGUCCUUCCUGGUUUCCAAAAUCUUGCAAGCUAUUAUUGUAUUGAUACUUCAGAAGUUCCUACUAUUGAAUUGAAAACUAAUUAAGGUGAUCCAUCUGCAAAUAUAGUAUUUAAUUUUGCACUAUUCAUUAAAAAUGGCUAAAGUCCUGGUAGUAUUGUUAAUGAUCCAAAUUAUUACAUGGAAUUCGCUUUUAUUUAUCAAAGAUUCUUUACUGAUGAUUAAAAACUAGAAUUAGUAUUAACUAGAGAGACUAUUGUGAUUGACCCAGCUUUGUUUGUUUAGGAUUAAUAUGAUGCUACACAAUCACAAUCGAAAGUUGAUGAUGGAUUCCUCUUGUCUUCAUGGAAAACAUAUACUUAUAUUAGCGACUUCAGAAAAACUUAAUCAUAUCUUACUCAAGCUUCAUCUAAAGUAAGAUUUUAAAAAUGGACAAACGGAGCUAAUCUUAUCAGAUUAUCAUAAAUUUCCUUAAAUGAUUAACUUUUCAAGCAGAUAGUGUCAUAUCCAAAAAUUUCAAUUGUUUUAGCUUAGUUCUAGUCCAUAUUCAGUACUCUAUUAAUAGCUGGUAUAAUAGCUAAGAUGGGAAGUGAAAAUAAAAAUGUUGAAGAAAGUAUUGAAGUAAUUAUGAAUAAUUAUUACAAGAAAUCAGCUUUAGAAAUUGAUCAAUUUAUAGAAUAGAAAAAGAAAAAGAAAAACAAUAAAACCUUAUUUGCAAAUAAUUAAGUUUAAGCAGACUAAACUAGCACUGAAGAAUAAAUCAAGCAAAGACUCAAAGUUAAAAAUAGAUUGUUUGACCUUUAUGAUUUUAAAAUUAUGAAGCAUUAUUACACUGACUGCAAAAGGAUAAAAGAUGAUGAACCUGAUCCUUAAGUUAAAGGAUUUAAAAAAGCCCUAGAAAAGUCAUGGAGUAUGAUGAAUGCACAUUAAGUUCAUUUAGAAAUUUUGAAGUUAAAAACUGCUAUUUAAAUGCUUUUAACUGACAAAUAAUAUGCCUCUCUUGAUUUCAUUGGAAGAAGGUUGUUCCCGUCUGAACAAGACAUAAACCAUUUAGAAAUUCUUGAUAAAUUAGAUGAGAAUGAAAAUCUUAGAAUUUAAAAGGCUUUAGAAUAUUAUGAAGAACUAAACAAAAUUGAUUAGCCUUAAAAUCCAUUAGAUUAGAAAUUUAAAAAUUCCCUCUUAAGAUAAGUUUUUGAAGUUGAAAGAAAGAAUGAUGAGGAAGAUGCGCUUAUAGAUUCAAAACGUCUUUAGGCUAUGAUGGAGAGCGGACUUGCUAAAUAAUAGUGA